GGUUGAUAACUUGGAUAAGUCGCCAGUAGAUAACCUGCCUUCUUGACGGACGGGCACAACUUCCUCAAGUUGCUGUCUGACUCUUGCACAACUCUUCAGUCUUCAUUGCUUGCUAGCCCCUGUAGUGUCAACACGCACGCUCAUUGCCGAAGAAGCAACAUUGGACAACAUGGCUCCAGCACAGCUUCUCCUGGUACUGGCAGCUAGCACACUGAUCCUCGUGGAUGAAGUAGCAGCUGGCUGCCAGUCAUCCAAUCAGAUCGAGUGCAGGACUGGUGGACAAUGCAUUGAUCAAAAUCGUGUGUGCAGGUCUGGCAAUCAAUGUUCUGAUGGUUCAGAUGAAGACCCAAAAAUAUGUAAGUUCUGGACAAAUGAAGAUUCCAGAUGUGGAGUGUCAAAUUUUUAUUGCAGCGGAAGCUGUUACCAAAUUUACCAAAUGUGUGCUAGUGCUCAAUGUUCUCAACAGAUGGACCCACGAGUAUGCAAGCUGGUCAAGACUGGAAAACUCUACCUAGAACCAGAGGGCAUGAAUCUGACCAGCAGUGUGAUGCAGUUGCUGGAGACAGCUGUCAAUAGCACCCUGGUCAAGAAGUUACCAUACUGCCCCAUGCUGUACACUCGUAUUGGUGAUGAAUGUUUUGCUUUCUUCUCCCCUGCUAAGUUGCCUUGGGCUGAGUCAAGGCAGUUUUGCCAAUCCAUAUAUGGUGACCUUCUUUUCUUCAACAACUUGACAACAUUUGAUAACUUACUGGGUUAUAUGAGAAAGGCAUUGUUAACAACAGACUACUGGAUUGGUGGACGGUACGACUUAGACACCAAUGCCUGGUCAUGGGUUAAUGAUGACACCCCUAUGCCUCUGGGAUCUCCAUACUGGGCUGAAAGGUACAGCAGCUCAUGUGUUCCUCGAUCACUACCUCACACGGACCCCUUCAGCUCCCCACCUGCAGCCCUGCCUGGUGCUCCGUGUUAUAAUUACCUCCAGGCACCCAAGGAACGCACUCAAGGAUGGUGCUCUGCUUUAACCUACGAGCACUACUACUACAUCAGUGAUGAGAUUUGUCAAGAUACACAUAGCCCUCUGUGCAUCCUUACUCAUGACCAACAGUAGGAGAAAAUGAGUCAAGACUGGGCCACUCACCUACUACACCUAUCUGACAACCAAUCAGAGAGCAAAGUCUGUUUAGUAUUUUUUAAACAUCUGUUUCUCAGUGAACAAAUGAAACUACUGUACUCUUAUCAAACUUAAGUUGGUGGAUUUUACCAAGCCUUAGUUUCUAACUAAUGUUUUAGUUGUAAACUUUGAAACUUUAAUACACACAUUCCACCUCACCACACAUAUUCAACUUUACCGGUAAUACUUCCACACAUUUCAGCACAUACACUCCCUCUGCUCACAAAUACUGUAUCAAUUCAAUCUUGACAAACAUAACACAGUUCAUCUGAACACUGCCAUUUUGCAUUAACCCAAAUUAUUGAUGAAGUGUUGUAGACUAAACUUGGAUAACCAAUGUAAUUUGUUUUUUAUGGUAUGCUUUGUUGUACACUAUUAUUUGGGUAAACAAUACAAAAUAUAGCAGCAUUUCACUUUUUAUUACUUAAAAAAAUAGUAAUGUACUAUAUUGAGGUUGUGUAGACAAUCUUGGGUUUGUUACAGUACUUUAAAAUUAUACAAUUGUUCUUUAUUCACAAUGCUGAGAUUAUGAGCAAUCCUAUUGGUAGAAAAAACUAACAAAGGAUAUGCCUUAAGCUAGGAUUCCAUAUACUGUACAGUAUAUGUGUUUGCAGUUUGCGUUUGAGUUAAUUGCCCUGAAAAACGGACACCUCUGUUUCCAUAUGCAUGCAGCUGUCUUUCUAGCGGGAACAGGCUAGGAAAUAUGGCGCUUAGUGCAUUGAAGCCAAGAUGCUAUUUAUAUGAACAGGAUGAUUUGCUAUUAAACAUCUGGGUUUGUAUAAGAUCAUAUGUAAAUCAAAGGAAAAUGGACAAGGAAACAUGGAUGGUGGGUUCAUAGAUUGCUGCUGAAUUGGACCAAAUAUGGAGCCUAUAAUACUCUGGUCAAAGACCUAAGUUUCGAUGAAGAAAAAUUCAAAGAAUAUUUUCGUCUGAGCAGACAACAGUUUGCACAUAUUCUUUCCCUGGUUGAGGAGGAUUUGGUGAAACACUGCAGGAACAGAGAAGUCAUUUGCCCAAGGCAGCGACUUGCAAUAAGUAUAAGGCGAGUCAUGCUUAUAAAUAGGAAUUAAUAGGAACCGUAGAUAAAUAUUAAGUGACAAAAAUUUGUAUUCCAGUGAACCUUCACUUAAGAACAGUUGUGUAAAAAAUGUAUGGAUCUCGUAAAAUGAUAUACUGUACUAUAAAGGUUUUUAAAUAUAUAAUAUAAAUGCAUUAUAAAAAUAAGUUGGGAUAUAUUCUGAGUGUAAUCAACUUCUCAGUCUCCUCAACAGAAGACUGUUUUUUUCCUUGAGGCAUUUUGCUGGGUGAGGAGAGCAAACACAGGGAUAGUAAAGUCACAGUGUGGGAUUCCCAUGUCCGUUUCCGUGCAUUUGCGUUUUCAAUCACUACAGGGAGCGAUUGUCAUUUACUGCAAACGCAUAAUGCAACCGUGCCAAUGGAAACAACCAUGUACAUUUCAAUGUGAUCUAUUUUUGGCAAUAACGCUACUUCUAACGCAUGAAUGGAAUCCUAGUUUAAUGUGUAAAUAAGUUUGCAAAGUUCUUAUUACUCUUUUAUAAAGAAAUCUCAGAUGUCAGUCACAUACACGAGUACUUUAACUUAUGAAGUUGGGUUAAACUGUUUUAAAGGAGGGAAUGACUAUCACAAAAACAUAUGUAAACCAGCAGGAGGCACCAGCAAGUACCUUCCUUAGAACUAAACUGUUAUUUACGGUGGAACCCACUAUACUGAACUAUUCAGUUGUGAAAUUUUGUAACUGAUUUUGUAGUGUGGCAUUUUAAAAGUUUUCCAAGUAAUUUAGAAUAUGUGUAAUUUAUAUCCACAGUUAAUAUCAAACCUUUGCAUACUAUCACCUUGAAACAAUAUUAUUACCUGUAAUAUCGCAAUACAGUGUAUGUGAUUACAUUUUUACAACUGGAAAAGCAUUAAGAACAUCAAAAUGUGUGCAAUUGCAAUGCCCUAAAUAUAUAAAGCAGACACUCGUUUGCUUUAGUAUUUACCAUAGUAAUACCUUCAGAUCAUAUGAAUGUACAAGCCUGAUGGCUGUCCAGAAUAAACAUGAAGGUAUAAAAAUAAAAAAUAAAAAAAAUAAAAAUACAAUGAUAUAGACGUACAGUAAGUAAAACCUCAAUAAAUUGGACUUCAAUAUAUCAUAAUUCGCCUUUGCAGGCUCUGGGGUGCUCUGGACACCAAAAAUACUAAAAAAAUAAAAGAAAUCUUAUGAACAGAACCACACUUACUGAAUACUGCACUGUACAGUGGUCUAAUCAGAUUUGCUAUAGGCCUACUCAGAAUUAAUAUGUAAGCAGGUUGGGGCUGAUCCGGUGUUACCGUAUUUGUCAAGUUCAUUUUUUAUUGAUUCGGUAUUAUAUUCUCAUAUGAAUGGCCUCUUAUGGUUUAGGGUUCAUCAGGAUUAAUGUAACAUUUUCAGUAAUAAAGAAAAAAUACAAUACUGUAUCUAAUUUGUAAUAUGACUUGAAAAUAAAAGGAUAAGCUGUA